AAAAACUUCCUCUUUGCAUAUAGUGUGGCGCGUCAGAUCAGGCCUCGAAUCUUCGCGGAGUUACAGAAAAUACCGUGGGUAAAAAGAGAAAAUGGAGGCCGUUCCACAACCUCCAGCAGACACUGAUCUGCAGAACAUUAUCGACAAGUUGGCCAACUUCGUCGCUCGCAAUGGCACCGAUUUUGAGAUGAUGACAAAGGAGAAACAAAAGAAUAAUCCAAAAUUUGGUUUCCUGUUUGGAGGAGAGUACUAUAAUUACUACCAAUACAAAGUAACAUCCGAACAACGUAGCAUCCAGCAGCAGAAGGAUAAGCUUGCCCAGCAGCAGGCCAUCAUCCAGGACGUCAUCACCCAGCAAUCCAUCCAGUCUGCGCCAUGGCAACCCCAGAUCCAGCAGCAGCAGCAGCUGGAGGAGCAGAUCGCUCAGAUCGAGGAGCAGAUCAGUCAGAGUGAGGAGAACCUCGGCAAGCAGAAGGAGGUCCUCCUGCAACAGCAAAACGAUCAGAUAGAAUCUGUCCUGGCGAAUAGCAGAGAGAAAGCUGUGAUUGGGAUAGCCACUGAGCUCGACGUCAAUCUGUCAGAACUAGACAGCAGACUCCAAGCCAUCAUCGAUGCCUGUACCAAGGAUGCUAUAUCAAACGGUAAACAGUGGAUAUUCUCCACAGCUCGUUCCCCCAAGCACUGUGUGCUGAUUGCCAAGUAUCUCCUGCAUCAGAUCCUGGCCAAGGCGGCACCAUUCACAGCCAAGCUGCAUCUCAUCUACCUCAUCAAUGAUGUCCUGUAUCACUGCACAAGACGGAAUGCUCAUGAUCUCCAGCAUGCCCUAGAAGACACAGUGGCCCCUAUCUUCUGCUCGACGCAUGCAGUGGCAGAUGAAGAUCAGAAAGGAAAACUUGAAAAGGUAUUAAAACUUUGGGGGACAAACAACUAUUUUGACAGCAGUGUAAUGGAAAGGCUGAAGAACCCCGCAGAAUCAUUGGCACUCUAUCAGGGCACAAGAAUCACUGAAAACGGUGAGGCCAUUCAGCAACUCCAUAUAGCAUCCCAAUCCCAGUUGGCAGUCCUUCAGAAGCAACACAACGACUAUGUGGUACACAUGCGGCAACAACAGGCACAGUAUCAGCAGCAACAGCAACAACAACAGCAACAACAAGUUCAGCAGCAGCUUGCGGCGGUGGCCGUGUCCACCCCUCUGCCCCAGGUGCCGACACCAUUCUCCAUGGCCCAGCAGAUGCCGCCACAAGUGACGCAACAAGUGACACAAUCGAUGCAGCCACAGGUAGUACCUCAGGUUGCUAUCUCAACCGUCUCAGGCGGCUUCCCUCCAGCCACAUCAGAAGCCCAGGCUGUAGGGUCAGCAGCACCACCACCAACUGGGCAACAACUAGCCCAGAAUGUCAGCUUGCCCCAGGGGAUGCUGCCAGGAUCCGACCCAAUGGUGCAAGCAAUGUCAUCAAUGCCUCCAGGAAUGCCACCUCAAAUCGGAGGUCAACCACCAACACCACAAAUGCCGCCACAAUUACCUGCUGGCUUACCCCCAAUGGACCCCUCCCUGUUUCCAGGGGGAUUCCCCCCUGUCUUCAACCCUUCGGUGCCUCCACCAAACAUCAGACCGCCUUUCCCUUUCCCACCAGGUGCUCUGCCUCCAAACUUCACCCUACCUCCUAACUUCGACUUCUCCAAGCCCCCUCCUUGCUUUCUGCCAGGCAUGGAUUUCCCUCCCAUCCCCAUGCCCCCCAUAGCUGCACCCCCUCCAGCCCAGGACCCCAACGACCCCUCCCUCAUGCCCAGAGUGCCCUACUACGACCUCCCUGCCGGUCUCAUGGCACCCCUGGUAUCACUUGAAGACACGGACUACAAUCCUCUUGAUCAUGAUGAUAUCAGGUUACCCCCUCCUCAGGCCCCUAGCGAGAGACUGCUGGCUGCCGUAGAGGCAUUCUAUGCCCCACCCUCGAGGGAUGCUCCAAGAAAUAGUGAGGGCUGGGAGCAGAACGGUCUGUUUGAAUUCUUCAAAGCCAAGCAGAAGUAUUCCAAACUGAAGAAGGAGAGAGAGAAGGAGAAUCCUAAGGAGCACAAACCCCUUUCCCCUCUCAGGGUGCCGGCCAACUCAGACAGAUCGCCUUCACCUACUCCCCCUCCAGCAGCCAGGCAGCUCACCCCACCCCCAAAGCAAGAGAGCAGGAGAAGAUUCAGAUCAAGAUCUCGCUCACUGUCAAGGUCACCUUCACCUUCACCUGCACGUUCCCCUCCAAGGAGAAGCAGGCGCUCAAGGACGCGCUCAAGGUCGCGCUCUCCUCCUCCCUCCAGAUUCUUCAGGAGGACAUCGAGGUCUAAAUCUCGUUCCAAAUCUCGAUCACCUCCUCCCUCCUACCGAAGAGAAUCGAAGAGGGAACCGUCUCCAACAAGAGAGUCGAAAGCGCGUUCUCCCACCAAGCGCAGCCCUAGCCCAACAGAAGACUAUGGAGUCCAACCAUUCUAUCAAAUGCAUGUUGAUGUGAAGCUGGGUGAAGAUAACAAGGGACAUCAGCUCAUGAAGAAAAUGGGAUGGACUGGUCAAGGUCUCGGAGCCAAGGAGCAAGGUAUCGUCAACCCCAUCGCCAGCGGGGAUGUGCGCCACGAUCUGGACAAGUUCAAGGGAAUUGGCAUGGACAUCAAUGAUCCCUUUGAAAGCUUCAGGAAAAGCAAGAGUUACACCUACAACAGGAGGAAAUAGGUGGAGUAGGGAUUGGUGAGUUCAUGAGUGGAAAUAUAGUUUUUUUCUCAGUUUUUUUAACUUCAAAAUAUUGGGAUAGAUCAGUUAUAAUUAGCCAGUGAAUUCUCAAAUGACCACUGAAUAUUCAAGAUAGUUUUUUUGUAGGUAGGUUCAUAUCUGUGCAUUUGUAUACACGUGUAUCAAUUCUUGAAAUGGGGAAGGCUAUUCAUGACUUGUAACCUCCAUUUUUGAGGGAUGUACCUAUGUUUAGUGCUGUCAUGCACAGUAACUUUGUCAAGAAUGGAUUUCACAGUAGCUUAAUAUUAAGGGUUAAACAUUACGGUGUCUUAAUUGCGAUUCUUUUCACACACU